AUGAGUCCCGUGACGAGUUCCAUGACGAAUCACGGUGAUGAGUCCCGUUAUGAAUCACGUGAUGAAUCAAGUGAUGAGUACCGUGCUGAAUCAUGUGAUGGGUCUUGUAACAAAUCACGUGAUGAGUCCUGUGAUGAUUCACGUGAUGACUCCCAUGAUGAAUCACGUAAUGAGUCCCAUGAUAAAUCCCGUGAUGAGUCUCAUGUUGAAUCACUCGAUGAGUACUGUGAUGAGUCUUGUAAUGAAUCACGUGACGAGUCUCGCGAUGAAUCACGUGAUGAGUUCCAUGAUGAAUCACGUGAUGAGUCCCGUGAUAAAUCACGUGAUGAGUCUUGUGAUGGUUCACGUGAUGAAUCCCGUAAUGAGUCUCAUGAUGAAUCACGUGAUGAUUCUUGUGAUGAAGCCCAUGAUGAAGCAUGUGAUGAGUCUCGCGAUGAAUCACAUGAUGAGUCUUGUGAUGCAUCAUGUGAUGAUUCUCAUGAUGAAUCACUCAUUGAGUCCUGUGAUGAAUCACGUGAUGAGUCUAGUGAUGAAACACACGUGAUGAAUCUCUCUUGUGAUGAAUCCCGUGAUGAAUCAUGUAAUGAGUCUUGUGAUGAAUCAUGUGAUGAAUCAUGUGAUGAGUCCUGUGAUUACUCACGUGAUAAAUCCCGUGAUGAGUCUUGUGAUGAAUCCCAUGAUGAGUCACGUGAUGAAUCAUGUGAAGAUCCUUGUCAUCAAUCCCGUGAUGAAUCACGUGAUGAGUCAUGUGAUGAAUCACGUGAUGAGUCUUGUGAUGAAUCAUGUGAUGUGUCCCGUGAUAAAUCACGUGAUGAGUCUUGGGAUGAAUCCCAUGAUGAGUCUCAUGAUAAAUCACGUGAUGAGCCUUGUGAUGAAUCCUGUGAUAAAUCCCGUGAUGAAUCACGUGAUGAGUCCAGUGAUAAUUCACGUGAUGAGUCUUGUGAUGAAUCAUGUGAUGAGUCCCGUGAUGAGUCUCGUGAUGAGUCGGUGCUGGAGAAGAGUUGGAGGUUGUCACGUAAUGAGUCCCAUGAUGAAUCCCGUGAUGAGUCUCAUGAUGAAUCACUUGAUGAGUACUGUGAUGAGUCUUGUAAUGAAUCACGUGAUGAGUCUCGCGAUGAAUCACGUGAUGAGUUCCAUGAUGAAUCAUGUGAUGAGUCCCGUGAUAAAUCACGUGAUGAGUCUUGUGAUGAUUCACGUGAUGAAUCAUGUGAUGAGUCUCAUGAUGAAUCACGUGAUGAUUCUUGUGAUGAAGCCCAUGAUGAAUCAUGUGAUGAGUCUCGCGAUAAAUCACAUGAUGAGUCUUGUGAUGAAUCAUGUGAUGAAUACUGUGAUGAUUCUCAUGAUGAAUCAUUCAUUGAGUACUGUGAUGAAUCACGUAAUGAGUCUAGUAAUGAAACACGCGAUUAG